AAUAAGGAACGGAGUGGAACGGAGGAGUAUAUACGAUUCCCUUCUCCUGAGUCUUGACAAAGCUAGCUAAUCCCUAAUCCUAUCGAUUGCUCACCGGCCGAACGAUGGCUGCGGCCGGAGCUGGAGAUGGAGGUGGCGACGGCGAGCAGCUGACGGUGCUCGGCGCGUGGGGGAGCCCAUUCCUGGUCCGGGUGCGCCUGGCGCUCAACCUCAAGGGGCUCAGCUACGAGUACGUGGAGGUGGACCUCGCCGGCAAGAGAGAGCAGCUCCUCGCCGCCAACCCCGUGCACAGGAAGAUCCCCGUCCUCCUCCACGCCGGCAAGCCCGUCUGCGAGUCGAUGGUCAUCGUCGAGUACCUCGACGAGGCCUUCCCUUCCGCCGCCGGCCUCCUCCCCGCCGACCCCUACGCCCGCGCCGUCGCCCGCUUCUGGGCCGCCUUCGUCGACGACAAGCUGCUGAGUGGGUGGCUGGGGGUCUACGACGCGGGGAAGACGGAGGAGGAGAAGGCGGCGGCGCUGGCGGAGACGCGCGCGGCGUUGGACGCGCUGGAGGGCGCGCUCGGGGAGCGCGCGGGCGGGUGGUUCGGCGGCGACAGCGUGGGGCUCGUCGACGUCGCGCUGGGCGGGUUCGUGCCGGCGAUGAUGGCGUCGGAGCCGACGACCGGGCUCAGGAUCGUCGACCCGGGGAGGACGCCGCUGCUGGCGGCGUGGGUGGAGCGGUUCUGCGCGCUGGAGGAGGCCAAGGCGGCCAUGCCGCCGUUCGAUCGCAUCCUCGAGGCUGGCAAGAAGAGGUACGCCGAUCUGCAGGCCGCCGCCGCGGCGGCGGCGGCGAGAGAAUGAGGAGCCGGCCUCGGAUCUGUCGCUUCCUGUUAUACAGGAGUACACAAUAAACGGCCAGCUUGGAAUUCAGAAUUCCGUGGAAAUAGCUACGCAUAUACUCUUUGCGCUUAAAAAUAUUUGUCAUUUAGUAUAAAAUUUGAUUAAAUUUCUAAAAUUUUGAAAAAUAAUUUUGUGUUGAAAUAAAUUUAUAGAAUCUAAUAAGUUUAUGAUAUUAUGUUUUAGGGCUUGUAUUUAAGACGAGCAUUUAAGAAAGUAUGAAAUUUAACUAAAUUUUGUUCUAAACACAUAUAAUGUUUAUUAAAGGGAGUAUCAUGUUGCUUUGCCGGUAGAAUUUAAUUUUGGUGCUAUCUGUGUCAUCUCUACAUAGUUUUACAGACAAUUCGUUAAGCUUUUAAGCAAAAAACAUUUUGUUUUUGUGUGGUACAAUGCCACCUGAUCCAUAUGGAGUAAAAAUUGAAAGUGAAGCACUGUAAGAUUGCUGAUAAAGUGGUAGGUGUAUAAUUUCAU